GGAUAAUCAAAACUAAAAUCCUUCGACAACAGAGAAACCAUUUCUUAAACCCCAGUGUAGCUGAAAAUGCUCCGCCCAAUCGCCGCCGCCUCCACCACCGCCGUGCCCUCUUCCCCUCUCCUCCAAUUCACCUCCGUAAGAUCUACAUACCUCCAAAAUCCCUUCAAAUUGAACCACCCAACAAACAGAAUCCUAAAAAAACCAUCCACCUUAUCAAAUUUAACCCUAACAAAAACCCGCAGCAGCAGCAGCAGUUCCCAAUUAACCACCCAUUCCGAGAAACCCUCCGACAGCGAUUGGGAAUUUCCGGACGAAGUAAUCGGAGAAGAAGAUGGAGAUGAAGACGAGGGCAGCCCCUGGGAAGGCGCGAUUUUGUACAGGCGAAACGCCGCCGUUUCGCAUUUGGAGUACUGCACUACUCUCGAGAGGCUAGGGUUAGGAAAGGUAUCCUCGGAAUUCUCGAAGAACCGGGCUUCGGAGAUGGGGUUGCGCGUGGUGAAAUCCGUGAAGGAUUUUCCCGACGGAACUCCGGUGUUGAUUUCCGCAGAUGUUACUCGGAGGAAGCAGAAAUUGAGGCUCGACGGAAUUGUUCGAACUGUCAUUUCUCUUAAUUGCAACAGGUGUGGCGAACCAGCUGCGCAGAGUAUCUACUCCGAUUUCUCACUUUUACUGUGUGAAGAACCCCUCCAAGAAUCCGAAACCAUAAACUUGGGUACAAUUUUUGGAGACGAGAAAUUAAAAACCGUCGAAGCAGAAGACAGUGAUGAUAGCUUAAUCGAUUUAGACGAUCAGUUAUAUUUUCCUCCAGACGAAAAAGUGGUCGAUAUUUCGAAGAAUAUAAGAGACCUUAUACAUGUGGAGAUCACCAUUACAGCUGUGUGUGGUCCUAAUUGCAGAGGAUUAUGCCUCGAUUGCGGCGCUAAUCUCAACAUUAGUAAGUGUAUCUGCGGGAAGAAGAAGGUUCAGGAAAAAGGCUACGGUGGGCCCCUCCGAGAUUUGAGAGAGCAAAUGCAGCAAACAUAAAUUUCACUUUUUUUUUUUUUUUUUUUUUUUAAUUUUUAUUUUAAUAAUAAAAAAACAAUUAUUUGAGAAAUUUAUUUUUGUUGUAAAUAUUUUUAUUUUUAAGGAAUGGGAAAUGAAUCUGCAGGUUUGAGAGUGAUGAAUUUGCAUGCA